AUGCCGGUCUGGAGGCGGACAGCUGUCUUCAGUUCGUGGAGGACCGACGUCAGUGUUUGUGCUGGUCCGGGGAAGAUGGCGGAGGCUGCGGCUGUUUCACCGCAUCGGUUUUUCUGUCACUGCUGUAAGGGAGAAGUGAACCCUAAGCUCCCGGAGUAUAUCUGUCCAAGAUGUGACUCUGGAUUCAUCGAGGAAGUAACAGAAGAUUCCAGUCUCCUAGAGGGUGUCGCUAACGGGAUAGAUGACGCAGCCACACAAUUUGCAGAGCUAUGGCACCUGUUGUUACUGGAGCGGCCAUUUACAGCAGAGGGUGACACACCCGACUCGGAACCUCGGCUCCCUGGAGGGCGCCUGGGGGGUCUCAGUGACCUUGGGGGGUUGGGAGGGGGACCAAUCGGGGGGUCGGUCCCGGCAGGCCUCGGGGGACCGAUGGGCGGUCUACUAGGAGCCGGGGACCACUGGGGACCAGGACGUCCCCCUCGCCUGCACAACCAGAGGAGAUACCGGUCCAGAGGCAGCAGUAGACCAGACCGCUCGCCCGCUGUGGAGGGGAUAGUACAACAGUUUCUCGCCGGCCUCUUUGCCAACUCUGGAGUCCCUGGCUCCCCCCCCCUCUCAUGGACGGGGAUGCUGCACUCUAACCCGGGAGAUUACGCCUGGGGACAAGGAGGGUUAGACGCCGUGAUAACGCAGUUACUAGGUCAGUUGGAUAACACAGGACCUCCUCCAGCAGAGAAAGAGAAGAUCUCUUCUCUCCCAACUGUCAAUAUUUCUCAGGAACAAGCAGACUGCUGUAUGGAAUGUCCGGUGUGCAAAGAGGACUUCGCGGUGGGAGAGCCAGUCCGACAGCUACCCUGUAACCACUUCUUUCAUUCAGACUGUAUAGUACCAUGGCUGGAAAUGCAUGACACAUGUCCAGUGUGUAGGAAGAGUUUGAACGGAGAAGACAGCAGCAGCCAGCCCCCAUCAGAGUCCCCCACCCUCUCCAUGGACCCCCGCACACAGGAGAGAUGGUCCUUCUGAGACCCUCCUCAUCCCGCGGAUCUCCUCGCCUCCAUCCAACAACACACCGAGAAGACAAAGCGCUUAUCACUUUCCUCUUUUCAUCUCUGUGACCGUCUUAAUCAUCUCAGUCUGAUAUAUAUAUAUUUUUUUGUACUUUCAUUUUCUUUUGUUAAUGCCUUUCUCCUCAACCAUGUAAACAGAAACCCGUACAGACGUCUUAACAGUCAGUUGAGGUCUGGAAGGGUUUUUUUUUUUUUUUUUUUGCCUCCUAAAAAACAGCUCUGAUUGAUAAUCAAGCUUAUGUCUUCUCUACUUUCACCUCUAAGAUGUUGAAAUGCACUGCUCCAAUACACUAUUGUGGGGAGAUUUCAGACUUUAUAUCACACGAUGCCAUCCUUACUCAUCAGAAUAUUCGUUAAAUCCUGCAACUGAGCCCCAUACGGCAAAUGGGAAAACCUUUACUCCUUCAGCAUUCGCAGGGUCUGGACUUAACAUGAACACCUAUAGCCCUGGAUGAUACGUUUAUCAAGGGUGUAUCCAUACUUUUUUUGAUGAGAUUUUGUAGGAAAUAUCUUGAUUGAACUCUGGUUAUUUAUUUUGGCAAUGUAAAGGUGUCUACUCUAAUGUACAAUGAGUUUUUUUAGGAAUCAUGCUCAGUUGCUGCCACAAAUGGAAGCAAGGGAUUCUUUAUACUUUUUUGGGGGGGGAAGAAGAGAAAUUAAAUAGACCAGUCAAGGAAUCCAGUUGGCCCAUCGUGUAGUUAUUUAGAUUAAAACAUAGUCCUUCUGGUGUAUGUAUGAUCAACAGAUGCCCUCUCGUUUUAUUCCUCCGUCUAAGGCCGUCUUGUGUCACAUUUUUUAUCACUUUUUUGAUGUAAAUAAUUUUAGCCCAACAACUUAUGGUUUGCAAAGGAAAAGAACAUUGAGAAUGGAGAUACAAAUGUGAAAUUACCUGGUUAUCAAACUGUAUAUUAUAUAUAUGAAAAAAUGUCUAUGAUGUAUUAAUAAAUUGACAAAUGGUCA